AUGGUUCUCAGCAAAACAGGUGGAUCUUGUCAAAGAUGUUAUUGCUUCGGUUGUGGUUUGAAGUUGGUGAUCUUCAAAGAAAAGGUUCAACAGGAGGUUACCGGACGGAUGAAGUUGUUUUCGGAAUUUUCGGAAGAUGCUGAAGAUGGUGUUUGUUAUAGUAGUAGUUGUCGACGGGGUUUGCAGGUGAAGCAGCCGGGGUCGAAGGCAAACAGAGGUUGUGAAGGUGCUAAGGUUCAGUUGGCGAGUUUCUUUGCCGGAUGCCUUUUGCUUUUGCUGGUGUCUGACAAGGUGGUGCUUCCAGUGGUGGCUUUGGGUUUGUUUUGUUUUGCAAGUGAAAGAAGACGGGAAAAGCGGGUUGCUUUGUUUUCUUUAUUGGUGGAAGAAGGCUCUCGUGUCACAGAAGUGUUAUACGCAAACAGGUUCUGUGUGGUGACAAACAAUAGCCGGGUGUGGAGGAUUUUAGACGUGACCGAGGAGAAGCUAUCGAACUUCACUAGUCUUCUUCUUCAUUAUUCAGCUGUAAAAGAAACUGAUUUAGGGUUUGUGAAGCAUUCCUGUGAUCGAGCUGAAAGAAACAAAGAACUCGCAGCAAUGGCACAAUCGGAACCUAAUGGAUUGUUUUCGAUGGUGGAACUUAACUACCAAGAGGUAUUUAAUCGAAAUCCUUUCUCUUACACUGGUGGUGUUAAAACCAUCUUCAAUGAUGUUGACUUUUCUUCUAUGACUUAUUCUGAGUUUGUGACCUUCUGCGAACGUUUCAUGCAUGAAGAGUGUAAAAAGUUUUACUACUGUGAACCAGACAUGUCCUUCAUGGAAGGGCUUAAUCCCAUUUCAGAUGAUGUGGAAUAUUCUGCUUUUAUUUUUGAUGCUUAUGGAACAGAUGGUGUAAUUUCGGUUUAUGUGGAUCAUAUUGGGGUUGGUGUUGAUGGGUGGCAUGAUGAUGAAGAUAAUGAUGAUGAUGAACAUGAGUCUUGUAUUGAUGGUGAAAAUGAAGACAACAUAGAUGAACUUAGAAAUGUUGCCUUUGAAUUUAAUGAGGAUGUAGUGCAUAUGAAUAGGACAUCAAAUGAUCCUUUCUUGAGUAAGCUAUGUGUUGAUGAUGAGGAUGCAAACAACAUUGUAGAUGAUGACAAUGGGAGAGAAGUUGAAGGUAGUAAAAGUGAACCACAACAACAUGAAGAGGUUGAAAUGACUCCAAUUGAGAUGGAUACUACUCAAAAUGAUAUGCAAGUUGCUCCUACUGAUGUUGAAUCUAGUAGUGCAAAGGGAUUUUAG